UGCCUUUGCACAAUCUGAGAUGCCUUGUCAUGAUGCCAAGUUAAAAUAGAGACAGUGUCCUGGCGAUAGCUUGCUUAAAAUUUUGGCGUUCUUUUAUUCCUACUUUUAUGGCAGCAAAAAUUCAAGAGUAAUUUUCUUUGGGGGUUUGCAGUUUACAGGUUGUAGUUGAGAGGCCAGUUUUAAAGAUGCUAAUACUGGUGGGGCUACUUCUUGUACGGACUCCUAGUCAUGUUCUCUUGCAAGUUGCUCAAUUUUCCCGAUCCCAAUAAAUUCAUCAGAGCACAUGUUAUCUUGAAGACAGAAGUGGUUAAUUCUCGUAGUCAAAUUGAAAGGUAAAUAUACUAAGCUUUUUACCCCGUUUAAGUAGAGUUGAAAAAGGCUGAAAGGGUCCAAUUAGUUAACUGAAAUUAGUGAAGCAAUUAUGAAACAUACACCAGGUUGAAGACAAAUGUACCAGGCCCACAGGGACUAGCCAUUCUUAAGCUAUUGCACAGGCUACUUACUACUAUGACUUUUAGUGAAAAAUUUCUACUCUUUCACCAGCAGGCAUCAAAGAAAAGAAGGUUGUGUCUGAUUUUACAGUUACAGGUCAUUAUUGAGCACAAGGUGUGUGUAUAACUCUGUAUAUCAACUCUUAUUAUGGACAUAGGUAAAAUACAGUUUCUCCGGUCUAAACUUCUUUCCUCUCCUUGUUUUUUUGUCUGUCCUUAGUUGUACUCUUUUACCACAGUUAAUUGCCAGAUGAGUCAAAGCAUGAUGAAGACUGCUAGGUUGCAAUUUCAUAUAGAUAAUGACAUAUUUCCCCUUGCGAACCAAAGAUUGUGUGGUCGACUGCUUUAUCUUAAUUGUUCUGUAGUCUCACUCACCUAACGCCUGCACUCAUCUAUUAAUGCACAGUUGAUAUCUUUAUUCAACAGUGCCCCGAACCCAUAUAUUCAAAACAGAGCCUAAAUUUUUUUGGCUGAGCAUCUAAAUGUCAAUUAAUGGUAUGCUGUUAUCUAAGUUUGUCUUUUGUAUUUUAUAAUAUGUAGGCAUGAAAACCAACCAAUUGAAGUCCGAACAAACAGUAGAAUAACUACUCAUCAUGACUUGUGGCGCCUCUAGGCCUGAGUUUGUACAACACUAGAACCAAGAUGCCAAAUUUGUUAUUUACUUGUAAUCCGCACACAUGAAAGUGGAUGUCUUCUGUCAGUAACUACAGUGUUAGAAUAUUCUCGAAAUUUCUCUUCUUCCUUCUCUUGUUAUGGUUGUGCUUUCGGUAGUUGUAUUCUGCAUGCAUGCAUCGUCCACCCAAAUGAUUCCGUGAUUUCGAUUACUGGUUAUUACUACUAAGAAAACUGAUUUGGCAUUGUGAUUGUUUGAUUUUAGUAAAUGAGUAAAGAUCACAUGUGUUAUUUGGACAGCCCUCUAACUAAGAAAGUCGCACACACUAGUUCCACCAUAUAUGUGAUCAUCAUAAUUUCAGCCAAUAUAUGUAUCUGUGUUCAAACAUAUUGGGCCGGGGGAGUUGCAUCCGUAGCAUUGCUAUUAUGUAGGAUUGAGAUGUGACGGAGAAGCGGGCCAAGGGAAAUCUAAGCAAUCAAGGAGGUGGAGCCCCACAAUAGGCUCUGAGAUCGCCCAGAAAUCCUGCUCCGACCGUGGAUUUACCUAGCAGCGCCGUGUAAAACCAAAUGGAGAAAUCCAUGGAUGCUGAAACAUUAUCCGGAUUUUUCGAGGAAACCACGAAUUUCUCGAGCUCCGACGACAUCUUCUGCAUUCUCGAAGCAUGGGAAUACAACAAUCUGACGACAUCACCGGCCGGAGACGACACCUUCGAGUUCCAAAACUCGGCUCUUAAAAAGUCUCAACUCGCAGAGGACGCCGCCGCUUCUCAGGCGUGCAAGCGGCAGAAGCUGAGCACGGUGGAGGAAGGGCAGAACAAGUCGCACAUCACCGUGGAGAGAAACCGCCGGAAGCAAAUGAACGACCAUCUCUCCGUGCUCCGCUCUCUCAUGCCUUGUUUCUAUGUUAAAAGAGGUGACCAAGCGUCGAUAAUAGGAGGAGUGGUGGAUUACAUCAACGAGCUGCAGCAGGUACUGCAGUCGUUGGAAGCCAAGAAGCAACGGAAAGCAGCUUACAACGAAGUCCUGAGCCCGAGGAUAGUGUCGAGCCCGAGGCCUUCGCCUCUGAGCCCGAGGACUCCGCAGCCGAGCAGCCCCUACAAACCCUGGAUGCAUCCUCUUCCAAGCCCCGUGGAUCCUUCUCCUUGCAAUUCUUCCACUUCCUCUUCCAUUAACGAUGCGGUCAAUGAGCUCGUCGCCACCUCCAAAUCGCCCGUAGCUCAAGUCGAGGUCAAGUUUUCCGGCCCUAAUCUGCUCCUCAAAACGGUGUCGCACCGCCUUCCCGGCCAAGUGCUCAAGAUUAUUUCUGCCCUUGAAGAACUUGCCCUUGAAAUCCUUCACGUCAGCAUCAGUACCGUUGACGAAACGAUGCUCAAUUCUUUCACCAUUAAGAUUGGGAUUCAGUGCCAAUUGAGUGCAGAAGAGUUGGCCGAGCAGAUUCAGCAGACAUUCUGCUAAUUAUUAACUAAGUGGGAGUCUGUAUACGAGAGAGAAAGCAUUUGCAGUUGGUAAUGGGAAUAAAGCAAAUGUGGAUAAGCUUCUACACUAACCCACUGUUGCUGUAUUAAUUAAUUAAUGUAGUCGUUCAGAAUUAAUUAAGUGGAAUGUGUAGUUUAGGUUAGUCGAUUUCUUUACCUUUCUACUUUCAUUCCACUAGCAAUCCCCAUGGAUCAUGUUAGUUGCC